CGCCAAGAUGGCCGCGAGGGUUGUCAGCUGUGUCUGCACUUCCCCCAGUAAGAUGGCGGCGGUAGGUGUCGGAAGCGGCCAUGCUGAGGCCGAGGUGAAGUCCGGGGUGGCGGAGCAGUGCGUCCCGGUGUCUGAAGUGAUGAUGGUGGAGCAGGGGGAGGGCGCCGGACCCCCGAGGCAGGUCUUACCCCAGGCCGUGUCCGAGGAGGUGAUCCGGACCAUCACGGAGACCAACCCGGUGUAUUACCUGCAGCCGGACGGCAGCCUGGUGCCUGGGGGGCCCGGGGUGAGCUGGUGUCCGGGAGGGGCCCAGGCGGCGGUCAGCACGGCCCCGGAGCCCCCCUCUGAGGUGAAGAAACCCCCCAGCCAGCAGGUCCGGACCGUGUCCCAGCACGUGGCCCUGCGGCAGGGAGCAGCCAGCCCUGUCACCAGGAUCAUCGACCAAAAGGUAACCAGCCACACCGGGCGACCAGGGCCAGCUCGUACGCAGCCACACCGGGCGACCGGGGCCAGCUCGUACGCAGCCACACCGGGCGACCGGGGCCAGCUCGUACGCAGCCACACCGGGCGACCGGGGCCAGCUCGUACGCAGCCACACCGGGCGACCGGGGCCAGCUCGUACGCAGCCACACCGGGCGACCGGGGCCAGCUCGUACGCAGCCACACCGGGCGACCGGGGCCAGCUCGUACGCAGCCACACCGGGCGACCGGGGCCAGCUCGUACGCAGCCACACCGGGCGACCGGGGCCAGCUCGUACGCAGCCACACCGGGCGACCGGGGCCAGCUCGUACGCAGCCACACCGGGCGACCGGGGCCAGCUCGUACGCAGCCACACCGGGCGACCGGGGCCAGCUCGUACGCAGCCACACCGGGCGACCGGGGCCAGCUCGUACGCAGCCACACCGGGCGACCGGGUUUAGUACAGGGGGGAGAGGGCCUGGGGUUUAGUACAGGGGGGAGAGGGCCUGGGGUUUACAGGGGAGAGGGAGUACAGGGGAGAGGGACUGGGGUUUAGUACAAAGAGGGGACUGGGGGGGGGACUGGGGUUUAGUGCUUACGAUUCAGAAGAUGUUUUGAUCCAGAGAUUUUCAACUUCAGCAUCAUACCUAAGUGUAAUCCCCCUUGAUCUAGGUGAUCUCCUGAAAUAUUCUAUAUUAAAUGAACCCUUCGAGCACCAUAUCCUGCUGUAGUUGUUAUGGUUCCAGAAGGGCCCUGGCACCCUCUCAGAGCAAUUUUUCAAAUAUUUUAGAACAAUUUUAAAAUGUACCCAGGUCUCACUGACAGAUUAGUCUACAAUGGUGUCAGGGCACUCCUGGCACCAUAACCACUACAGUGAACUAUAAUAGUUUUGGUGCUUAGAGUAAUUCUUUUAGAGACCAUUAAAUGUUUUGAAACAUUAAUGCUCUUUAUUUAUUACCAACCACACAUGUUAUUUGUAGGUGAGAUGCAUACAAAGCCCAGGUAAUGAAGGAAUUAUGUGCUGUUUAUUCUGUAAUCGUUAUAUUUUGUGCUCAUUUUCUUUGCAGGAUCUGAAAUCCAUUCGGAUUGAGGUGCCAGGCCUCCAACCAAAGAAAAACAAGAUUCAAAUUGUUGGUCCUCUACAGCUUUUGCAAAAGUCUGCAGUUCAUGGCAAGAUGAAUACAGGCACUCCUAAUCUCCUCGGCGCACAGGUCAUACGUAUCAAGCCUCAAUCCGAGCAGGAACAAGAACAGUUUUUCCUGCAAACUUCUGAUGUGGCUUCUCCCAUACAGCUUGUUCAGAACUCACAGUUGAUUUCCGAAAAAUCAAAUAAUGGUGACAACACGAACACAGCCUUAAGUCCUGGCGAGACUGUGAGCGAGGAGACGUUUAGUGCUGCACUGACACAGACUAAUCCAGUGAUCAUUUCUGCCUCGCUUGUUAAUUAUAAGUCCCCUGACAAAAAGCAAAAGGGCAAAAAAUCUUUAAAAGUAAAGACACGUUCUGGUCGCAUAUCACGUCCUCCAAAGCACAAAGCUAAAGACUACAAAUUUAUCAAGGUGGGGGACCUGGCUCAAACCCAUCCUUCUGAUUCCGAUGAUUACUCAGAGCUAAACACUGAAGAUGAGCAAGAAUGGACCAUAGGUGGUUUACCACUUGAUUCGCAAAACAAUCCCAUGAAACACACAUUGUUCCAGUGUGCGACUUGCGAAAAGUCAUAUAUGGGAAAGGGAGGAUUAUCUCGUCAUUACCGUCUUCAUCCAAAUCAUGGGCAGCUGCCAUCCCUAAGCCAUAAAGAUGCUACUACAGCUAGUGGUACAUCUUCAGGGAAUGCAAAGUGCUUAUCCAAUGAGCAGCCGGUAAGAUGUUAAGACAUUUGUCUUUGUAUAAAAGCACAGAUAUUUAGAAAUUACACAUUCAAGGACUCUUUUUUUUUUUUUUUUUUUUAAAGUAUGCUAAAGAUCUGUUAUAUUAAUGUGACACUGUUUUUGUUUUACAAAAAUCUGUUUAAACAGUUUAAAACUAUUUCCAACACAUUAGCUUCCUUGAAUAUAUUGAAGCUUACCAUGGAUUUGCAUCUUCAUUUUCACACAACCUCUUUUGAGAAAAAAAGGAAUCCAAAGUGUGUCAUGUUGAACAAUAUCAAAGGAAUAAUUUAAAGGGAAACUCCAGUGCCAGAAAAACAAUCCGUUUUCCUGGCACUGAAGGUCCCCUCUCCCUCCCAUCCCCCGGUAGCUGAAUGGGUGAAAACCCCUUCAGUUCACUUACCUGAGAACCUGCCGAUGUCCCUCGACGGUGGUUUCUUCUCACCGCCGCUCCUCCCAGGCAUUACGUCGGCCGGUGGGCCGGCCGGGGACACCUAAUGCGCGUUAGAGCUCCCCAUCAUUGCUUUCCUAUGGGGAAUUGAGCUACGCUGGAGGUCCUUACACAGUGUGAGGACGUCCAGCGACGCUCUAGCACAGGUUUUCUGUGCUAUAGAGCAGGAAGUGCCCUCUAAUGGCUGUCUAGUAGACAACCACUAGAGGUGGAGUUAACCCUGCAAGGUAAUUAUUGCAGUUUAUAAAAAAAACUACAAUAAUUACACUUGCGGUGUUAAGGGUAAUGGGCAGAAGUGGUCUAGGUGCCUGGAGUGUCCCUUUAAUGUUAGGAAUACAAACUUGUAUUCCGAACGCUAGAGUGGUAUACUAAAUAUUUGACUCUUCGGAGUGAUAUUUGUAACUCUGUUCAUAUAUUUCUCAAGUAAGCACAAGACACACUCAACGGAAGAAUCGCAUAGCAACUACAGUGCAUGCUCUGUAGUUACUGUGAUGCCAAGCAGGAGAAUUGCCUUCACCUCUCCCCAUUUGCACAGUUGUCAAUGUAGUGGUCUACGCUAGGAAUAAACUUCUUUGACAACUGACAAAUGAAAGGUAGGACCACAUUUAGACAUAUUUAAAAGGACAUGCAUGACUUAACAAUUGUAUUUAUUUAUUAAACUAUCAAGCAGACACUUUUUUUAAAAACAAAUAUACAAACCAAAAUAAUGCAAGAAAAACUUUAACCCCUUAAGACCGGAGGGCGUACAAUUACGCCCUAUUUUAGGCGGCUCUAAACGCCGCCGAGCGUAAUUGUACGCCCUCCGGUCUUUCAUUACUUAACCGGACGCCGGCGGUCCCACGCUGGCGAUCGCGGUGGGGGGGACUACCAGGGAGCCCCCCCGCGGCAGAUUCUCCUCCUCCAGUGCCCCCCGGCUAUGUGAGAGUGAGGUCCUUGCGAGGACCUCACAAUCACAUGGCCGGGUAGGCUGCCUCCUGCAUUGCCAGCAGGGGCACUGCCUGUAAUGACAAGUGGUCCCCCUGCUGGCUGGAAAUAAAAUUAAAUUAAAAAGUGUAAAAAAAAAAAAGUAUACUUAGAAUAUAUAUAUAUAUAUAUAUAUAUAUAUAUAUAUAUAUAUAUACACACACACACUGUCUAGGUGUAUUUUAUUAUUAAUAUAUAUAUUAAUAUCAAAUUAUACGUAGACUGAUACUGAUUAAAUAUAAUAUAAAAAAUUAAAUAUGUAAAUACGUUAAAAAAUCAAAUUAAAAAAAUAAUUAAAUAUAUAGAUGUUAUUUCGUUCUAACUGUAUUGUGAUAUUAAUAUAUAUAUAUUUAUAUCAAAAUACACGUAGAACGAAAUAUAUAUAUAUAUAUAUAUAUAUAUAUAUAUAUAUAUAUAUAUAUAAUAAUAAUUCUACAUAUAUAGUUAUGUAAUAUUUUUACAUAAUUAGGUAUCUUAAUUAAUUACAAUUAGCGGGACCUGCCUGACAACCCAUGCCAAAAGUAAAGGGAAUUUAAUUUGCUAGCACUAUAUUUAACCCUAUAACUUUCCAAGACACCAUAAAACCUGUACACGGGGGGUACUGUUCUACUCGGGAGACUUCGCUGAACACAAAUAUUAGUGCUUCAAAACAGUAAAGUGUAUUAUAACAAUGAUAUCGCCAGUAAAAGUGAAGUUUUUUGCCUUUUUCAUGCACAAGCAGCACUUACACGGGCGAUAUUAUUGCUGUGAUACUUUUUACUGUUUUAAAUUAUGUUUCAUAGCUAAAUAUUUGAUAUUAAAUGAAAGUCCUGUUUCCCCUGAAUAUAAUGAUAUAUAAUAAGGGUGGGUGCAUUUAAUAUGAAAGAGGUGAAUUACGGUUGGACAGACAUGUAGCGCAAAUGCCAGGUUUUGUUUCGUUUACAACCUGUACAUUUGGCUCCGUCCUUAAAGGACCACUCUAGGCACCCAGACCACUUCAGCUUAAUGAAGUGGUCUGGGUGCCAGGUCCAGCUAGGCUUAAUCCAUUCUUUUAUAAACAUAGCAGUUUCAGAGAAACUGCUAUGUUUAUGAAUGGGUUAAGCCUUCCCCCAAUUCCUCUAGCGGCUGUCUCAUUGACAGCCGCUAGAGGCGCUUGCAUGAUUCUCACGGUGCCGCGCGUGCGCAUUCAGCCGCAUGGGAGGAGAAGAGGAGGAUCGGAGGAGGAGAGCUCCCCGCCCAGCGCUGGAAAAAGGUAAGUUUUUGUUUUUUUUCUCCUUCCAGAGCCGGGUGGAAGGGGGUCCCUGAGGGUGGGGGCACCCUCAGGGCACUAUAGUGCCAGGAAAACGAGUAUGUUUUCCUGGCACUAUAGUGGUCGUUUAAGGGGUUAAAAAGUAUGUAAUAAACGUUUAUAAACUUAUUAUGAAAUUGGUUAGAUUGCAUUGUUGAGCACACCUCUCAGCAACAUUCACAUAAUGUAAUUGAUUAUUUUCUUACAGCAAUUGUAUUUGUCUGUAGUGUUGACAUUUGAAUGCAGUUGUGUGUUUGUAUGCAAUGUUGCCAUUUGAAUACAGUGGUGUAUUUAGGUGUAGUGUUGUUGUUUGAAUUUGAGUUUUGGGUGCAGGAACAUGGCUUCCCUGGGGUCUAGCGGAAGCCAGCUGGCUGAUGGAAAGCUGAGUUUUCCAGACUUCCCUCCCCCUCCUGUGUGUGUGCCUGCCUCCCAGCACAGCUCUCCGCAAGCUGGGAGGAAGCGACCUAAACUCACUUCCUUCCUGCAAAUCGCUGUGGGGCGGGGAGGAAUUAACAUUAUAACGGGUCCUUGUCCGAUCCGCUUUUAGAGGGCUUCUUAUCUAAGAUCCCGCCACCAGGUUGUAAGUUUGACAGCCCUGCUAUUCAUCUUAUCGCAAUUAUGCUAGCACAGUGUAGGAAGAAUUAUUUGUAAGACUUAUUUUCUUACUGAUUACCAUUUUCAUUUAGGCUACAACCACUGAAGCAGAAAAGAGGCUAUGCGAAGAUCCACAGGACCCUACUGUUCACAACGUGCCCACCUCGGCCAGCAUAGGAUGCGAGAAUAACAGUAACGAAAAAACACCUGGCCUCAUGGGAAGACCAAAACCCGUAGGUAGAAGAAGUGUUGGAAGAUAUAGACGUCCUCGGAAAAUACUGAGAACGAAUUCCCCUGAGCAAGACGCAUUAAAUAAACUUAAAUUAAAAGAGGUGUGUAAGUGACUUUUUGUAUAAUGAAAAUCUCAGAUUCUGCUAAAGUUAGAAAAAACACAGAAAACAAAACACUAAUCUCCCACUAUGCCGAGAUCUACUUUAGGUAUGUCAUCAACUUUGAUCUGUUAAUUGUCAUAGAUGCUUUAUUGACAUAAAUUUAGUUCCCACACACCAUGUUUAAAAAGGCACGGUAGGGGUGUUGGCUCCAUACUUGCAUAAUUGAAAGUUCAGAACACCCUUUAGUUGUCGCCCCUCCACAUGUUCCUUAAAGGGGAAAUAAAUCGCUAUGGAUCAAGACUAGCUAAAGCGAUAUUUAGUAGAUCUCCCCUCUAUGAGAAAGAAAACCAAAACCUUGAGAUUAUACAGUCCGAGCUGGAUGAUUCAAGCAACAGUAACUUAGAAUUUUAUGAGUGAAAGAGAUGCAUUUAAAAUUACUAAAUGAAACAUUCAGAGGCAAGUAAAUUACUAUCCCUUCGAUCCAAGUCAGCACAUACCUAAAUAAAAUUACUGAGUGUGUGCCAAUAUAAUAUAUAGCAAAACAUGGAUCUCAAAUUCCUUUUCAUUUAUGUACAAAAUCUGAUAAAGGUAAUAGAAUAUGUACAAAAAUCCAACUGGGCCAGUACAAUAAAAAUGAGGCACCCAUCCCAUCCACUGGGUAACUAGAAAAUGCAAAUGGUUUUUCACAAAAUUUUAACUCCUUCCUGAUGUUAUGUGAUAUAAAGUGACGAGGGGUGUUCUAUGGUUUAAAUUUGUAGGGCUUAAAAUUUCUACUCCUCUUUUACUAGCCAGGCUUUGAAUGUAAGUAGCCACUGCAAACCUGGAAGGUCCAUGACACACUCACCAACAGUGGAUUUCUGCUCACCAGAGCUAAAUCUCCACUCCCCAAUGACUAGUGGAAUUUCUGAUCCCUGAUGUAGAUAUCAAAUACAAGUAUGAUAUUAUCCAAACAUUGUACGUUUUACUAAUAAAAGUAUUUCUCUUAAUAGUUGCUCCAGCAAUGUGAAAACGAGGACUUAAAGGAACUGCUUCUCCCAUAUGUUACAAACCUGUUUACAGUGUAUGAAUUUUUACUUUUAAAGGUCAGUAUUCUUAAUGGAUAACACCACACACACUUUAGCUAUCUGAAAUGCUUUAUGUAUGAAAUGUUUGUCUUUUUCUAAAAAGAAAGGGGAAAAUUUCAUAAAGAUUGUCACUUUUUAAAUUUAGCUUUGUUAUACCCACUGGCUGUCAAACACUCACUUUACGUCCUGGUUGUUUAGCUCAGUGGAACUAAAUUCAAGAAGCAGCAAUCUCCCAGAGCACCUGCAUUGCAAAGGUUUCUAAUUGAGCUGCACUGUGAUACUGGGAAGUCUGUGAUUGGACUAGGGAAACGGUGGGGUGGCUUGCAAGUUCUGCUGCCUUUUCAAUCUGUUUUUAGAUAUACCCCUAAUUAAAUAAUGCAUAAUUAAAUGCAACCAUGUUUUCAUUACUAAAUAGUAAUGAUUUGAGUUUUUUGGCGGGGAGGGGAAAGUGUCCUUUUAAAUCUAUGUAUAUGUCUUAGGGAAAUGUAAUAUUUUAAAGGAACAUGCGUUACUCUCCAACUUAAAAAACAAAACACUACUCUGCAUGAUCACACUUCCUCUGUCAGGAUGUUGCAAGGUGUAGAAAGCUUUAGAUUGCACAUGUGUAAAUUUGUCAGGCAUGCCAAAUGUACUUUUUCAGCAUUCCUAGGGAUAGUACACUGAUUAGUUAGGUCAGUGGAAAGCAUAAUAAAGUAGUAGCAGUUAUAACAAAAAAACAAAAACAAAAAAAAAAUCAUAUUUACUUUGUUUUUUUUCAGCCUGCAAAGUGAGGCAACUGUAUAGCUGUCUCCAACUGAUGUAUGUCCCUUUAAUGUAACAUGCAUGAAAAGUGAAUUUUAUAUAAGAUACUUACAACACAUUUACAAAAUGUAUUUCUGUAAACUUUCUAUUUUUUUUAUUUAAAAAAAAUACUCUUACAGAGUAAAAAUCGUGCUUACAAUUAAACUGGCUUAUUUAUAUGACUUUUUCUUUUGUUUUCUUUUUCAAAAGGUUGAAUAUGAUCAUCCUAAGAAUCCUCAUUUUCCUUCUGUGUAUAAAGAGUUUGAAAUCUUGCAUUCCGAUAUAAAAGCCCUGGCUGAAGACUAUUUCAGUAAUAUGGACCAAAGUAUGAAAAAGGACUUUGACAUAAACGACCCGAAGGUUAGUUUGCAAUCGGUUCAAUAGACAUUGGAAAUGUCUUCUAUGUUUGAACACCUCAUACUUGGAAACCGUGAGUUAAUGGUGUGAAUGACCAAACUUCAGCUUUAAGAAGAUGCUCCAUCAGACCAGGAAAAACUAGCACCACUGCAUAACCCACGUGUCCUUUUGAAAUGUCUCUAGCUUUAAAACAAUAAAACCCUAGACCAUUAUUGAUAUUUAUCUAGAAAUAUUGGAUGGACCUGGUUCUACCAAACCAGCUGAUCUAAUUAGCGUAAAAAGCGACCCUUUAGUGUGAAAGACCGCAGCUAGGGAUUUAUCUUUUGACUAAACAUGAUCUUUGUCUGUUUCAGGUGGAUAUAUAUUUAUGUAUUGUAUAGCAGUUGGAGAUAUAUAUAAUUUUUUUAUUUUUUUUUUCAUACUGUAUGCCAGGCUAGUAUUAUUCACACCUAUUAUUUAACAUCUUUAACGUAGCCUUACAACUUUUCUUCCCUUGACAAAGGUAUAAAUUUGAUGAAUACAAGAGCUUAGUGGUGUACUAGCAAAACCAUUAACAGAUUUAUUUAACCAAUCAUUGUUAACAGGAGUAAUCCCAGAAGAUUGGAAGUUAGCAAAUGUUGUGCCCAUUUACAAGAAAGGUAAUAGGGAGGAAUCGGGCAACUAUAGGCCAGUAAGCCUUACUUCAGUAGUGGGGAAAGUGAUGGAAACCAUGUUAAAGGAUAGGAUUGAUGAACAUCUAAAAACACAUGGAUUUCAAGAUCAGAGACAAUAUGGGUUUACUUCAGGGAGAUCAUGCCAAACUAAUCUUAUUGAUUUUUUUUUUGAUUGGGUAACUAAAAUUAUAGCUCAGGGUGGUGCAGUAGACAUUGCUUACCUAGAUUUCAGUAAGGCUUUUGACACUGUUGCAGAUAGAAGGCUUACCAAUAAACUGCAAUCUUUAAGUUUGGAUUCCAAUAUUGUUGAAUGGGUAAGGCAGUGGCUGAGUGACAGGCAACAGAGAGUUGUAGUUAAUGGAAUAUAUUCGAAGCAUGGACUUGUCACCAGUGGGGUACCUCAGGGAUCUGUACUUGGACCUAUUCUCUUUAAUAUUUUUAUUAGUGAUAUUGCAGAAGGUCUUGAUGGUAAGGUAUGUCUUUUUGCUGAUGAUACUACGAUAUGUACCAGGGCUGAUGUUCCAGGAGGGAUAGGCCAAAUGGCAAAUGAUUUAGGUAAACUAGAAAAAUGGUCAGAAUUGUGUCAACUGACAUUUAAUGUGGAUAAGUGCAAGAUAAUGCAUCUUGGACGUAAAAACCCAAGGGCAGAAUACAGAAUAUUUGAUAGAGUUCUAACCUCAACAUAUGAGGAAAAGGAUUUAGGGGUGAUUAUUUCUGAUGACUUAAAGGUAGGCAGACAAUGUAAUAGAGCAGCAGGAAAUGCUAGCAGAAUGCUUGGUUGUAUAGGGAGAGGUAUUAGCAGUAGAAAGAGGGAAGUGCUCAUGCCAUUGUACAGAACACUGGUGAGACCUCACUUGGAGUAUUGUACACAGUACUGGAGACCGUAUCUUCAGAAGGAUAUUGAUACAUUAGAGAGAGGUUCAGAGAAGGGCUACUAAACUGGUUCAUGGAUUGCGGGAUAAAACUUACCAGGAAAGGUUAAAGGAUCUUAACAUGUAUAGCUUGGAGGAAAGACGAGACAGGGGAGAUAUGAUAGAAACAUUUAAAUAUAUAAAGGGAAUUAACACAGUAAAGGAGGAGACUAUAUUUAAAAGAAGAAAAACUACCACAACAAGAGGACAUAGUCUUAAAUUAGAGGGACGAAGGUUUAAAAAUAAUAUCAGUAAGUAUUACUUUACUGAGAGGGUUGUAGAUGCAUGGAAUAGCCUUCCAGCUGAAGUGGUAGAGGUUAACACAGUAAAGGAGUUUAAGCAUGCAUGGGAUAGGCAUAAGGCUAUCCUAGAUAUAAUAUAAGGCCAGGGACUAAUGAAAGUAUUUAGAAAAUUGGGCAGACUAGAUGGGCCGAAUGGUUCUUAUCUGCCGUCACAUUCUAUGUUUCUAUGUGAAAUUUGAGUGGGAAAAACAUGUUUUUUGUAGCUUAUCUACUAUUCUAAACCGUCAUAACUGUUUAUUUUGACAGUGACAUUAGUACUUCUGCAUAAAUAUUGGUGAUCAGUCAGAAUACGGGCAAGACAAGGGACCUCAUGCAAUUACUGGUUAUUUGUUCUCCCACGCAAUUUCCGCAGUAAUUUUAAAAAGCUAUACAUAUUUUUCUUAUAUGCCGGAUUGUGAGGUUUAUUUAUUAAUUUUUUUCCAACCUUUUUUAUUUUUUGUGACCUAGCUAUGCAGGUUAAGUAUUAGAAAACAUUUAUUUUUCAACCUUUUUUGAUUUUUUUUUUGGACGGCUAAUUUCAGGGGAGAAAUAAUCAUUAGUAUUAAUUUUGCAAUACCAUUCCAUUGUGUACGCAUAUUGUCUUAUUUAACAGUUCUAUGAAUGGUUUGGUAUUCAGCCAAACUUUAUGGCUGACACAUUGUUCGCAAGAUCAGAAUUACUUUCAAUUUUACAUUAGUUUGCGAGGUCACCCUGUUUAAUGGGACAUUCUAAUCAAUAUACUCACUACAGCCUAUGGGUGUCUGGAAGCCAUCUCAUUAUUUUCUAUUACAUGUGCAGUCUCCAGACUAUCAUCCUUACACUUUUUUUUUGGUUACUAUUUGGGGAAGUAUCACUUUCACAUCCAGCAACCCAAGUACUUGUAAUGUGUAAGAACGCAGUGCGACCUGAACACGCAGGAGCUGUGUUGUUGUUAUGCUCACAUAUGCCAUACUGAUGGUAUCCAGGACAGCACUAGACAUUUGUCAGAAAAUUAAGUAACAUAAAAAAAAAUCAAGCGUAGGUUUGUAGGCACCAUAACCACUACAAUAAUCUAGAAUGCUGCACCUCUCAGAUUUGCAGUCUAUAAUGGAUGUAUUUUUUUUUUUUUUUUUUUGCAGGUUGCGGAAUCACUGGGCAUCUUAUUGGAAGACUCCACUGUUGGCUCAUCGUCGCAACCAAAUAAUGAACAAGAAAGUUCAGAGACAAAGGUGAGGCGCUUGGAUGGGAUAUGAGUACGUCUGUUCUUUCUCAUGGAGUUAUAGGAAUUCUGAUCUGAUUUUUACCAUGUUUUCUGCAUUUUAAUAUUUUGUAUUCUGAUAGUUGCUUAAUUUCUUCAAUUGAUGUGCUUUUCCUAGUGCUCAGAUGAUUUCGAGCCACCAGCAAAAAGGCAGAAAAUAGACGUUACAGAAGAUGCGUACACUGAUCUUAACAGUACUAAUGAAGCCCCUUCAGUCACUUGUGAUGAUGAGCAGAAUGAGAGUAAGUGUGCGUUGUUUAUGCCAAAUCUUAAUGGAUUCCCAGUGUUUGAAGCAGGCGCAUUCUAUUCCCUAGUGAACUGUGCACAGUAAAUGAUUUACUAUGGAAUAGAGUAUCCUUCAGCACCGUGAACUGUCUGAGGAAGUUGCGCUUUUUAAAAUGAUUAUUUUAAAGGUCUACUCAGACCCCUAAAGCAAUUUAGCUCGCAUAAAAGCUUUGUGUGAAGUAUGUCUUCUUUCUUGCAUUCUGCAAAAAGUACAGAUUUAAAUCUGUUUUUUUAUUCCUCCCCCCGCCCCCCCAAGUAAAUUAACCUGGCUACACCCCUUUUGCUUUCAAGCAGACAGGUCAUUUUACUUCCUGGUUUGGUUAGCUCUGUGGAGCUGAGCUCAAGAGGCAGCAAUUGCCCAGAGCACUUGCCUCGCAAAUAUUUCUCAUUGAGCUGCAUUGGGAAGUCUGUGAUUGGACAGCCAGAGAAAUUCUGGGCGGGGUUAGAAGGGAAGGACUUGCAAAGGAUGCAGACAUGAGAACUACAGGUUUUUCAAGCUGUUUUUAGAUAAACCCCAAUGUAAAAUAUUGUUCAUUUUGGGGGUAUAUCUACUAAAUGGUGAGUUAUUUAUUUUGUAUAUGUGCAGUGUCCCUUUAAGCCAAUUUUACACUCAAGGAAUUGGUCACUAAGUUUAUAGGUCUGUUUAACAAUAUAAAAAUUGUGUUAAUUGUUUAUAGAUUUGCUUUACUUUUGAAAAAGACUCACAUCUGCCCUUUAAAGUAAUACAAAACCAUUAGAGAAACACUAUUCAAAUAAAUAAAUCACUAUCUGCUGCAUAUAACGGAAGCCAGGCAGAGUAAUAAGGCUAAUUUAUAAAAGUGCCAAUUUCUAAUAAAAUCUGCAAUUUUUGUAAAAUUACAAAAAGAGAACACACACAAAUCACUUCAGCAAGCUGAAGUGCUUUUGGUGGUCUGCAUUGACCCUUUAAGUAUGGUGUGUACUCUGGUUUGUAUGCAAACUUUGAUAAGUCCUUUCGUGUUAAAGGGAAACUAUAGUGCCAGGAAAACAAAAUAUUUUUCCUGGCACUAUAGAAUUCCCCUCUGUCAAGGUCCCCUCCACCGGCACCGAAUGGGUUAAUAACCCCUUCAGUCACUUACCUGGAUCAUCGGUGCUGGCUCAGCUCCGCCCACACUCCUCCCCCGCUGGCAUUAGGAUUUCCCCAUAGGAAAGCAUUAUUCAAAACUUUCAAAUGGGGAAAAUCUGACGCUGGAAGUCCUCAUGCAGAGCGGAGGACAUCCAGCGUCAGAUAACGGACCAAAAGUCAGUUUCAGUUCCGGAAGUCAUACAAGUGGCUGUCUGGUAGACAACCACUAGAGGAGGAGUUAACCCUCAGAGGUAAUUAUUGCAGUUUAUAAAAACUGAAGUGUUACGGGUGAUGGGAGUUUGCACCCAGACCACUUCAAUGAGCUAAAGUGGUCUUGGUGCCUACAGUGUCCCUUUAAUGUUAAAAUUCAUAGUAACACUGCAAGUGUGUUUAAAUUUGUAGGAUGUAGAUUCAUUAAAGAUAUGACCAAACCAUUAUAUAUGGGAGCAAAGGUCUCUAGUGUGAAGCUUUCUGUAAUUUUUCAAGAAAUUAGAACUCGUGUCAGAAAUGCAUCGUGGGAGUUGUCAUAAACUUAGGAAUUCAGUUGGAGAAUCAUGGGUUUGUGAUUAGUUGUCUUAUCUAAGCCCUGUCAAUAUGCAUGAAUGCAAAUUCUUAGACUAUAGCUUCAUAUUAUUGUGGGUGAAAUAUAUCUAUAAAAAUGGUAAAUGCAGAAUGUAAUCCUGCUUUUAAUGUGCCUAGGUUUGGGAAAUCACCUUGAAGAAGAUGAAAGUUUUUUAAUGACCAACACAAGUAACAGAAUCGUGCUGAUAACUGGGCCAGUUUCACAUUCUGAGCACCAGAAUGACGAUCUUGCCAAGGUACUUUUUCAAAGCAAUUCCACAUCCGUUCCUUAUGAAAUAACCACAGGCCUCACUGAAGUGUCACAACCACAGCCAGACACAGAACUUUCGUCAUGUUCCAGCACUCCACACAAGGUUUUAGAAGAACCCCUCACAGUUACCUGUCAGUUUGGUAAUUUUGCCGUGGAGAACAUAAAAAUGGCUGAGAUUUGCCCAGAAGUUGCCAGCGGCAUGCUUAUCCCUUGUCAAACACAGACUCCGGCUUUUGGUCAGGCUAAUAGCAAACCUAUUAUGUCUGGACUUUCCUUUGCCAGUGCUGUUCAUUCCAGUUCCCUACAUUCAGGAGGUAUACCUGAGAAAGGUUAUGCACCAAACGUGCCAUCAGAUCACAGUUACAUGACAUACACAGACACUGUGGAAAUACCGCUUGCACAGGGAGGAACAGUGCUGCUUGAGACCUCUACACUGGGUGGGAAAUGUGUUUUGGAAAACAGUCACGAAGCAACAUCAUGUGAUGUUAACAACGGGGACCAGUUUGUCAUCAUAGAGAACGCAGAAGAAAUUGCUACUGAAGAGGCAGGGACUCUCCUGGUUAAGACAAACGAUGCCACCGGCAUCCACUUAGAAAGCGUCGAAGCAUUUUUUCAAAUGGAACCAAAAUGAAGAUCGUACUAAUUUUGCACUGAGAUGGAAGCAAAAAAGUUUUUUUUUUGUUUUUGUUAUUUUUAUAUAGUAAAAUAGGAUAUUUCCUAUAUAUUCUUUUACCAAAAGUUUGUAAUUUAUCUGUAAAGUAUUUCUAUUAAGAGUUCUUGGUUUUUUGGGGAUUUUUUUCUUUUCUUUUUCAUUAUUAUUUAGAAACAAGUCAGGGGUGCAUUUGAUGUUUGCCUAUUAAUAUCUGACCUGAAGCUUAUUCUUCUAGACCGCAAGUACAAUAGUGCACGCAGGAAGUUUAAUUGUAAACUUAUUUAUGGAAUAUGCAAAGCUUCCUUAUAGGAAACUGCAUUUUACGCUGCACUUUGAACUUAACCCGUUCAUUUAAUACGUUGUGCAUUACAUGUUUGUUUAUAACUGUUAACAUGAUUUCUUUAUGUACUGCAAUGCAGCUGUAUUGAGCCAUUUGAGAACCCAUUUAGUAUGCUGUUAAUGCUUUAAAUUGCCUGAAAGAUUUAUACACCUGGGAUUUUAGAAACAUUUAAUUUACUCUGGCCAAAAAAAAAGAAACCUCUGUCUGUACAGCUGAUGUAGCACUUCAGCUAGCUUGAUAUUGUUCCAGGCUUAGGGCGAGCAAGGCAUUAUGGGAGCUGUAGUUUUGUAACAGCUGUGAAGGUAGGGUUGCCUUUUGGCCACUCUUAAUUUAGAUGAUUUUCAUUCUCUCAGGAUGGCAUGUAAUUAUAAAUUGGCUCCCGUGUUUUUUUUUUUUGGCAUGGAAAAUCACAUUCUCCUGUGGAAAUUAAAGUCCAUUUCAAUAAAAAGUUUGGGAAACAAGCAAAAAGUUGAUUUUAAGGGAACCGGCUUGCGCAAGAGAGGCCAAAAGAAAAUCCCCACCUUUUGUCAAAGUACAGAUCCCAUGAUGCGUUGCCAGCCUUCUACUCUCCCUGUUUGGCAAUAGUAAUUUGCAUAUUCAAGCGAUCCUAAAAUUAGUAGGAUUACAUCCCACGAGUCCUUGAUUGAGGGCAAACUUGAGCUACAUGGUGUAACACUUUAACUCCAUAAAUACAUGCAAACAUUGACCCUUAUAACCUGGCUGUUCUGGAUUUACUAUUCUUGCAAGUUUAGUGUGUGGUUGUCUUUGCAGGAACAAUUCAUACUCUUCAUUGAAAAAAAAUUAAAAAAAUUGUACACCGGCAUAUGUACGUUGAUAGAUAUUGUCAGGAUGCAAAUUUGUUUGGUUCUCCAAUUCAAAAUAAAUGUUUACUCUAAGUAUGUCUUGGUUGUAUUUUUUUUACUUACUACAU